GUUAUAAUAAGAUAGAAAUCACCUAGUGCGAUUGCGCAUGCUCCAAUGCAUGAUGGCUACCUCACUACCAAUGAUCUAACCGACCUCUACCCGUCUCAAGGUCUUAUACUGCGUUUCGCGCAUGGCAUAUCCUGAAUUAUCAAUGCGUCACAUGAUGUAGCCAAGUAACUAUAACUAUGAUACGAUACAAUGUCUUAAAGUAACAAAUUAGAUGCACCAAAUCACUGAGUACGACAUAAAACAAUAACCGAUCUAUAAUGCUAUAAUGAUGCGUCGUCUCCUACGAUAUCAAUCCCCUAAUGAAUAGAAUCAUUUCAGCCUAUCUACACGACAGCCUAAACUGUCAACGCGUAACAAGAUAUAGUCAAGUGACUAUGAGACGAGUGUCGGUCAAUCCGUACGCUAAUAUAUAAACUUACAUUAGAUGUAACUGAAAAUUCAGUUUCUUGGAAUAUGUAUAUAACCCAUGCGAGACGCCAGUGGAAAGUUUCCUAAAUCUAAAGUGCAUCAAACAAAUAUCGCUAUAAUGCGAAAGUUAGCCAGUGUAUUAUCUGGAUUUUACCGUAAUCUACAGGAAACAAGAAGCAUAACUUACAUGCUUUGAGGCCACCUUCUGCAAAUAUGCACGCUCCAAUAUACAAUAGCGAUCUACAAGAACAGAUACAAUGAUAUUUACAAUGAUAUUUACAAUGGAAAACAUGCAUGCGAUGCAAUGUUCUAUUGGUUAAUUCAAAUAAUGCAUCCUGAUGCUAUCCAACAGCUAACUAAUCCUACUACCCAUGGAUCUACAAUGCGCGUGACAGAUGCGGUAUCAACACAACAAAGAAUGGCUCAAAAUAAGAAACAAACCAGAAACAGUUUAAGAUCUACGCUUAACAAAAAUCUAAACAGUACCUUAGAUAAUCCAAGUUUAUCUUCCUUUAUCACUAGAACUUCAAGUGAAAGUACAGUCAUAGACGCAGAUAUUAUUAUAGACGACGUUCUCCACGCUACUCGUACACCUAUGAGUAAAAAUGAUAUCAGUCUUCCUGAUAAUCAACAAGGCUACAACGUAUCUCAUACUCCUUCUCACACUCUUAAACGCACACCUCCUACGGCUCAGCAGGAUAACCCCAACACAAAUCCUCCUCCUCAAACUUCUUCCCAAUACUCCGCUACCCUAGAAUAUCCGAAACGUAAACGCCAAUCCAACAAAAACAACAAAGACAAUUCAACUGUAACGAACACAUCUAAUACCUCAAAUGAUAGUUAUAGAGGAAAAAGAAAAGCACAUAAAAGAUCCAACGAUGAAUCGGAUAGUUCCACCGAUUUCUCUCAAAAUGACGAGGACUACAACCCAGGAUCUGAUCCAAACGAUGGGAAACCACUAUCAAAAAUUAUAAUGUCUCUGGUGGAAUAUGCAAAUGAAAUCAACUACGUCAGACGUAACUCUACAAACCUAAAUGGGGUAUUCAAUAGCAGACUCAAAACAGUGGAGAAUGCUCUGCUGGCCACAUCACACGAGCUUGAACCCAUGUCUGCAGAACCUGAAAACAAUAAGAAAUUAAUAGAAGAAAACCUAAAUUUAAUUAAAAUUAAUAGAAAACUUACCGAAAAAGUUAAACAACUCGAAUCGCGCAUAGAAAAACUUGAGUCUAUACCAAACAUUUUACACGCAACUUCACUUGAACAAAAUAAGAAUCCCUCUCCAUCUCCCAAUAAGCUAUUCCUUGAAUCUCUGCUACAGUCGAUUAAUGAGAAUAUUGACAGCAAGAUAAAGGACCUUAAAACAGAAAUAUUGGCACACGUGAAUAAUAAUACUACAAAUCCGAUUCCAUCGAUGGCAAUUCAUCAAAACACUAUAACACCUAUAAGUUCUUCUGUUGUUAGUCUACCAACGAACACACACUCACCGAAUCCUAACGCUCAACCAAGAGCUCCAGAGAUGUGGGCCAAGGUGGUUGGGAAAAAAUCUAAAAAGAAAAUUAUAGCUACUAGUAACGAUGCACAUACUUACCUCCAUAACACCAACACUCCUCUCCUGCCUGCUAGCCCAAGCGUUACUCCCAUGAUACAGAACACAAAACCCAGUGUACCUAUAAGAAAACCUAAAAAUGUAGAAGUCCUAUAUAUUACAGAAAGUAGAAAUAGUAAUACAAAAAUAAAUCAAGUUCUAUCGAAAGCCAAAGAAAACAUAAACCUUCAGGAACUUGGCAUUAAAACAAUAAACCCUCGCGCUUCCUUAAACGGAGGACUCAUCCUUGAGUUUCCGAAAUCCAAGGAAGGCGAAGUUGCACCAAUCUUAAUGGAGAAGAUCAAGUCACUAUUUCCACCAGAUGAUAUUGUGGUAUCAUGUCCGAAAAAAUACAAAGAGGCCCUGUUCGUCCAAACCUACGUGGCUCGGCAACAGUAUGGUGUAAAUGUGAAGAAUCUGAAGCAUAUAAAUUACUAUCCAUUAAAACAUUGGCGAUUGGAUGGUCCCAAGCUUAUUUCCAACUCCUUGAAAACAGACCGAUACAGUGCUUUAAAUGCUGGUCCUACGGUCAUACUCGCAACGCCUGUACGUCAGAAAUCAAUAGAGACGGAUUAUGCUACAAAUGUGGUGGUGAGGCGCACCCAUCUAACAUCUGUACCAACAACAAUCCCAUAUGCAAACUCUGUCAAGAAAACAACUUCAACUACAAACACAAAAUGGGCACAAGCACAUGCAGGACAUUUAUUAACUACAAAAAGGAUAAACUAGAGCGUAACUCUGUGUUACUUCCCCAAAGCAAUCCAACAGUCAAUGAAAAAACAGGUAUCAGAAUGGAGAUCCAGACAUAAAGAUGCAAGCUGUCCACUACAAAUCCUGCAAGCUAAUAUUAAUCAUGCUGUCGCUGCUCAAUCAUUACUAGAGAGCUAUAUUGUUAGCAAUAAUAUUAGUAUUGCUCUCGUAUCGGAACCAUACAACCCUUGUAAAAGUGGUUGGCUUGGAUACCGUGAAAAUAAGGCUGCAAUAGUUGUAAAUAACUCGUCAUUCACAAACCCAAGCAUUCUAUAUGAAGGUGACAACUAUAUCGCG